AUGGCACCUCAAAUACCACAAUCGCUAGCCUGGCUGCUCCUCACAAGCCUCGCAUCCGCACAAUACACCCUCGACUCCCUAUCGUUCGGCCAACAUGGGCAGAUUUCACCCAAUGGCCAACAUAUUCCCGGAUGGCACGCGAGUAGUGUCAACCACGAAGUCCAAGUCCUGAGCAAUCGCGUUAUCCUCACACCGCCGGUACCUGGCAAUGCCAAGGGAGCAUUGUGGUCAGACCUGACCGUCUCGCAAGCGCCUUGGUCGGCGGAGGUGGAGUUUCGGGCUUCGGGGCAGGAGACGGGGAGUGGGAAUCUGAACAUCUGGUACACGAAAGAUCAGGAUAAGAUUGGCACGGACAGUGUCUACAAUGCGGAGAAGUUUGACGGCAUGGUUCUUGUCGUGGAUCAGUACGGCGGCAGUGGAGGCAAGAUCAGGGGCUUCCUCAACGACGGGUCACAGAACUUCCGUGGUCACAGCAGUCUUGAAAGUCUAGCCUUUGGCCACUGCGACUAUUCAUACCGCAACCUGGGCCGGCCAUCCAAGCUGAAGGUCACCAACAACAAUGGCCUGACGGUCUCAAUCGACGACCGCACUUGCUUCAGCAGCGACAAGAUCUCCCUCCCAGCAGGCUACAACUUCGGUCUGACAGCCUCAACUGGCGAGAACCCAGACUCGUUUGAAGUCAUCUCCUUCCUCGUCCAAGCCGGUCUGCCAGGCUCCUCAUCCCAACAACAACAGCAGCAGCAGCCAAUUCAACAAGGAAACCAGCAACAAGAAGUUCCCCAACUCCAAAAAAUGGACGCCUUCCCGGGCGCCCCAGAAUACGUCGUCGACAAAGACGCCGACAGCAUCAAAUCCCAAAACGACCAAUUCACCGACCUGCACAACCGCGUGCAGUCCCUCCAACACAACAUGGCCAACAUGUUCCUGGAGAUGAAAACGCUCUCCGACAAACUCGAUUCCAAGCACACCGAUCUGCUCUUCUCCGUGCAGAACAUGAAGGGCAGCCAGGAGAGCGGCCUGCCGCCGGAGAUCGUGGGCAAGAUCCAGAAGAUGAGCGAUCGGCUGGAGAAUAUGGAGAAGGUGGUGGAGAUUGUCAAGAGGGAUGUCGAGGGGAAGGAUUAUCGACAGGUGUUGAAUGAGUUGCAUACGGCGGUGCAGGGCAUUCAUGGGGGGUUGACGGAGCAUUUGCCUGAUCGGAUAUUGGAUAUCAUGAGACGCCACUCCCCGCAAUUCGGACUCUUCGUCGUUAUCGUCGUGGGCGUACAGAUUGCUCUCGCGGGUGUGUAUGUGCUGUACAAGAGGAGGAGGAAUAGUCUGCCGAAGAAGUUCUUGUGA